AGCGGAGAAGGAAGGGUCGAGCCCGGAGCGGGGUCGCGACGCCGAGCGACCACUGACGGCAGGAUGUUCAGCUGGAUGGGGCGGCAGGCGGGCGGGCGCGAGCGCGCGGGGGGCGCGGACGCCGUGCAGACGGUGACGGGCGGCCUGCGCUCGCUCUACCUGCGCAAGGUGCUGCCGCUGGAGGAGGCGUACCGCUUCCACGAGUUCCACUCGCCCGCGCUGGAGGACGCCGACUUCGAGAACAAGCCCAUGAUCCUGCUGGUGGGCCAGUACAGCACCGGCAAGACCACCUUCAUCAGAUACCUACUGGAGCAAGAUUUCCCAGGCAUGAGGAUUGGGCCGGAGCCCACCACUGAUUCCUUCAUCGCUGUGAUGUAUGGGGAGACUGAGGGUAGCACCCCUGGGAACGCUCUCGUCGUGGACCCCAAAAAGCCUUUUCGAAAGCUUAGUCGCUUUGGAAAUGCUUUCCUGAAUCGGUUCAUGUGCUCCCAGCUGCCCAACCAGGUCCUGAAGAGCAUCAGCAUCAUCGACAGCCCCGGCAUCCUGUCUGGGGAGAAACAGCGCAUCAGCCGAGGGUACGACUUCUGCCAGGUCCUGCAGUGGUUUGCUGAGCGGGUCGACAGAAUCAUUCUGCUCUUUGAUGCUCACAAACUAGACAUCUCAGACGAGUUCUCAGAGGCCAUCAAGGCCUUCCGGGGCCAGGAUGACAAGAUCCGAGUGGUGCUGAACAAGGCUGACCAAGUGGAUACCCAGCAGCUGAUGCGGGUCUACGGGGCUCUCAUGUGGUCCCUGGGCAAGGUCAUCAACACGCCAGAAGUUCUGCGUGUCUACAUCGGCUCAUUCUGGGCACAGCCCCUGCAGAAUACAGACAACCGCCGGCUCUUCGAGGCUGAGGCUCAGGACCUCUUCAGAGACAUCCAGAGUCUUCCCCAGAAGGCAGCCGUGCGCAAACUGAACGAUCUCAUCAAGCGAGCAAGGCUGGCCAAGGUACAUGCCUACAUCAUCAGUUACCUGAAGAAAGAGAUGCCAAAUGUAUUUGGAAAGGAAAACAAGAAGCGAGAACUUAUCUUCAGGCUACCAGAAAUCUACAUUCAGCUGCAGCGAGAAUACCAGAUUUCUGCGGGGGACUUCCCUGAGGUCAAGGCCAUGCAGGAACAGCUGGAGAACUACGACUUCACCAAAUUCCACUCGCUGAAGCCCAAGCUGAUCGAGGCGGUGGAUAAUAUGCUAAGCAGUAAGAUCUCAGCGCUGAUGGGCCUCAUCAGCCAGGAGGAGAUGAGCAUGCCCACGCAGCUGGUGCAGGGCGGUGCCUUCGACGGCACCACCGAGGGCCCCUUCAACCAGGGCUACGGGGAGGGUGCCAAGGAGGGCGCUGACGACGAGGAGUGGGUCGUGGCCAAAGACAAGCCCGUCUACGAUGAGCUCUUCUACACUCUGUCGCCCAUCAACGGCAAGAUCUCGGGUGUGAACGCCAAAAAGGAGAUGGUGACCUCGAAGCUUCCCAACAGCGUCCUAGGCAAGAUCUGGAAGCUGGCCGACUGUGACUGCGACGGCAUGCUGGACGAGGAGGAGUUCGCGCUGGCCAAGCACCUCAUCAAGAUCAAGCUCGAUGGCUACGAGCUGCCCAACAGCCUGCCGCCCCACCUGGUGCCCCCCUCGCACAGGAAGUCCCUGUUCAAGGCCGACUGAGGGCAGCUGUGGAUGGGGCGGUGGGUGGGGUGGGGUGGGCAACCUGGGCCUGAGGCCUGCGCUGCCACAGACUCGCUGAAUCACCUUGGGCGAGGCGCUGCCCUCUCCGUGCCUUGGUUUCUUCAUCAGUAGGUUGGGAAGGGCAUAUGCUAGACACCAGAUGAGGUCCUUUCACCUCCAAAAUUCCCUGAUUUUCUAUAAAUAUAUAUAUACAGGGAGGAUUGACAGGAGAUUGCAAUGAGAAGAAAGGCAAAUUUUUUUGUCCAAAGAGCACUCAAAAGCCUGGAGAAACAGCCCAGGGCUUGGUGGACUCCCAGGAGUCCCAGAAGUGAGCUGGGGCCCACCUGGAGCAUGAGCCUUUAGGGCUGAGUGGGGCUUCUUGUCGCCCUGAGCCGCCACUGUACUGUCUUCCCUCAGGGUGCCAGGAGGUAGCAAAGAUGGUCCUAUUUAUUUUGCCUAGUGUGUUUCCUGCUGUACUUAGAGUAGGAAAAUAAAAGUUUUCUGCUCUCUCUGGACUGAUGAACAAAGGGAAGGCCAGUGCCCAGGUGGGAGAGGAGGCAGAACAGGCAGCCAGGCCAGCAGAAAGUGCCUGUCCAGGACCCACUGCCCACCCCUUCUGGCAACGCUGAGUCAGUUAGGAAUUUGGAGCUUGUGACCUCACUGCCAUUUCAGAUCUUGCUGACAUCAGGGAUUCACUUCUCUGAUGAGUUUGCCCAGUAGUCUUAGCAAAGUCUGUGUAUCAGACUGAAGUAACAGCAAGAAAAAGAGGCAGUUCUCGUCCACGGAAGUGUGGGCCUUGACCACUGAAUGUCCCCAAGGCCCCUUAGUGGAUGGCAGAAUUUAAAUUCAGCAAAACAAUGUCUUGGUGUGUGCAGUGCCCUAGGCCCUGUGGGCACAGGUGAGGCCAGCCUUGCCCUAGGCUUUUGGGUAGAAAAUAUCCAUCUAUUGGAGUAAGAUAAUGUUUUUUAGAAAGCAGGCAUUUUAUUAUGUGCAGUUGUAUUUUUCUUACGGUAUUAAAAAAAAAGCCUUUAUACAGAAAUCUUUCAUAUAAACCUUUCUUCAAAAGCCGCGUGGUUCGUAUCAUGAAUGCCCAUCUCAGGCAGGAUGUGACUACAUACCCUUCCAGUGGCUCUAGCGUGCUUUCCCCAGAUCCUUGGGUAAAUGUCUCUGACCACCAUCUCAGAUGCCUGGGUCAGGUGGAGGUGGCUACUUCCCACUGCCACCCUCCCUGCCCUGGGACAGGUGGCUUUCCCUAUUCUUUAAGCAAUAAGAGAGAGUAAAGGGCCAGGUGUGGUGGCACACACCCAUAAUCCCAGCACUGAGGAGGCUGAGGCAGGAGAGGAGAGUUCCAGGUCAGCCUGGACUAUGUAGUGAGACCCUGUCAAGAGAGAGAGAAAAAGAGAGAGGGAGGAUAGGUAGCAGUGAUUGCACAGUGUGGGCCCUGCCAGUACCAGGAAUGAAUGCAAUUAGAACAGUCUCAGUGACCUUCCCAAAAAAAAAAAAACCACAUUUUUUUCACAUGGGGUCAACUACAGAUUAAAGAGAAGACACUGUCAAUGCUCACAUUCCCUAACUUUCUGUGUAAUAGAAUUUUAAGAGAAGUAAUUGCAGAGUGUGGUUUUUAAUCUGAAUGAGCACUUUUUAAUUGAUUGGACACAGGAAGGAAAUAAACAUAUGAUCCCAGUAUUGUAAUAUUAUGAAUAGGGGUUGUGUGACAGCAGGAACCAGAUGGUCCAGCACAGUGGGCCACAGU